GAGUUUGAGAGGCUACUGACCCGCCAGUGCGCGCCCAGCUCCUCCCUCCCGCCCAUUCAGCGGAAAUACUGGUCCAUACCUCUAGCUCCAUCACCAUCAUGCCUGCUACAGGUCUUGCCAUCCUGGGCUCUGGUAUCUUCGCUAAAGAGGCCCAUCUGCCAGCCCUCGCAGAACUGGGCGACUCGUUCGAGCUCAAGGCGGUCUAUUCGCGCUCUUCCAAAAGCGCAUCGGCCUUCGCCAAGGACGCUCAGGAAGCGCUGAAGCUGCAGAGCCCGCCCGAUGUCUACCACGACGAAGACACCUCUGUAUCCCUGGACGUACUCUUCGCCAGGUCUGACAUCGACGCAGUCAUCGUCGUCCUACCCAUCACGGUCCAACCAGCCAUCGUCCUCAAGGCUCUCGCCGCUGGCAAGCACGUACUCAGCGAGAAGCCCAUAGCGCCUGACGUGAGCAAAGGCCGGGCACUUAUACAGGAGUAUGAGACCAAAUACAAGCCCAAGGGCCUCGUAUGGCGCGUCGCGGAGAACUUUGAAGCCGAGCCGGGCUUCCAGGCAGCCCGGCGCGUUAUCCGAGAGGGCAAGCUCGGCAAGAUCGUGUACUUCAACGCGCGUUCGUACAACUGGAUUGACGAGACCUCCAAGUGGUACAACACCCCUUGGCGCACCGUCCCGGAUUAUCAAGGCGGAUUCCUGCUCGACGGUGGCGUCCAUACCAUAGCGGCAUUGCGCUUGAUCCUCGACUCCCCUUUCACGACGCUCUCCGCGCACGCAUCGCUCGCGAAGGAGAUUCUCCCGCCGCAAGACACAAUCAACGCGAUCGUGAGCACCGCCAAUGGUGCACACGGCAUCGUUGAGCUAUCGUGGGGGAGCCCGGUCCCCUCCCGCGCGGCGGACGCGCACAACAGCAUCUCCGUCACCGGGAAAGACGGUUGGCUGGAGAUCACCCGCGCGUCAGGAAUCGUCCGCAUUACCGUCAAAACCGCGACGCGCGACGAGAAGGGGACGGUGACAGGGGAGCAGACGGCGGUGAUCGAAGAGAAGGAGGCAGGCGUGCAGUUGGAGAUUGCGAGCUUCUUGGAGGCGCUGAAUGGGAAGGAUGAUGGGCUGGACGGUCCGAGGGGAACGCUGGUCGAUGUUGCUUUCAUUGAAGCUGCGCUCAACAGCGACGGUGUGGCGGUCGAUGUGGGUAAGCUUGCGGCGCUGUGAUUUGUGAGUUGUGGUAUGCACACAUAGCGAAGGUCAAUGAUUGCUUAGAAGAAGUUGAAUAUGUAACAUUACGUUGUAUGGAUGCCCAACGUCGAUAUAACUCGGCGAAUUCUUCAUCACGAAGCGUUCGUGACGAUGUCCCAAGAGCACAUGGCUCUGAAGGUUCACAGUAACAGGCCCAAUGUGACCCUCUGAGUACGAUGCGCCCCGUAAUGCAGACCCUUUUGCGUCAACUUCCUGGUUCCAAUGCAAAACUGCCAUCGCAGCCGUGGCGCAAGCACUUGCUCAGCCGAAUACAGUACUUAUGCGCCUCCGCACAGUCAAACCUGACGAACGAGGCAAAUUUGGCAUCGGAGCCGGAGCGCUCGGAUGCAUUACGGCCACCAUAGCUGCCAGAAAUGUUGAAAGCAUAAGCGUUGGACAGAAGCCCUGUUCUGCGCGCACUUUUCUCGGUGAAUUGUCCACAGCGAUCCACGCAGUGGCGCGUAAGGUUAGCGUGUCGUGAGAGCCUACGCGGAGCACAGCGCGCCGAGAAUAGCGUGGUGGUGCUCACGGAGGACACGCGGGAGGCGACUAGAUAGAGCGUGUGUGCGAGCGAAAGGCGGGAUGUACCGCGAACGGUGAACUAGACUUCUCAGCGGCGAGAGCGGUAGGGAAGCCGAGCAUCGCGGGGUGUCUGGGUAGCAACUCCGGAUACUCUUGCCGACGUCAGCGGCCUAGCCUGCACGUAUUUGGGCCGUAGGGGUAGUCCCUUGAACCUAAGCAUGAGUCCCUUGAACACCCU